AUGACAAUCGGCACAUGGAAUGUGCGUACCCUACUUGACCUAACAGACAAUGAAAGGCCCCAUCGACGAACUGCCAUCAUUGCACACGAAUUGAAGAGAUAUGGAAUUGACAUCGCAGCACUAAGUGAGACCCGUCUCUCUGAAGAGGGUUCACUUACAGAAGUAGGGGAAGGCUACACCUUCUUCUGGAAAGGCCUACCAGAAGGAGUACAACGUAAUUAUGGUGUAGCCUUUGCUGUCAAAACAUCAAUGCUGUCAUCAAUUCCACAGAGCCCGAUAGGAGUAAGUGAACGCCUUAUGAGUUGGCGUAUACCAUUAACAAAUAGCCGGUACGCAACUCUGAUUAGUGCUUAUGCUCCCACACUGGAUGCAGAAGAAGAAUCAAAAGAUCGGUUCUACUCACAGCUUCACACCUUAUUUCAAUCAAUUCCCCAUGAUGACAAAAUCAUACUCCUAGGUGAUUUUAAUGCAAGAGUUGGUCGUAAUCACCAGCUUUGGCAGGGGAUCAUGGGACGACAUGGGGUUGGAAAAUGCAAUGAUAAUGGACUACGCCUGCUGACCUUCUGUUCCCAGCAUAGUCUAGUUAUCACUAAUACUUGCUUCCAACUCCGUGAUAUGUUCAAGACAACUUGGAUGCACCCAAGAUCAAAAACAUGGCAUAUCCUAGACUAUGCUAUUGUUAGGCGCAAAGACCUGCGUGAUGUUGUGAUUACCAGAGCCAUGAGAGGGGCUGAUGGAUGGACUGACCAUCGCCUUGUCCGAACUACCAUGAAGCUCUGUAUACGUCCUCCUGCACGGCGCCAACCACCGCUUUCCAGGUUAAAUCUCAACUCCCUAAACGACCCAGUUAAAAGAAGCUCUUUUCAAGAAAUUGUAGGAACACGUCUAUCAGAUCCCAAUCAACCUGUCUUUCCUCCAACACAAGAAGGUCUGAACCAGAAUUGGGACCAUGUGAGCAACAUACUUCUCGACUCGGCAACAUCUAUCCUCGGCACCACCAAGAGGAAGCAUAGAGACUGGUUCGACGAGCAAGCACCAGAUAUUCACAACCUACUAGAAGAAAAAAACAAAGCUCACCAAGCAGCUAUUAACAACCCAAAUGCUACAACAAGCGCAACCUUUGCAGAAGCUAGGUCCAAAGUUCAGCAUAUGACAAGAUCAAUGCAAAAUGAGUGGUGGUUAAAAUUAGCAGGGGAAAUUCAAGGAUUUGCUGAUAUAGGGAACAGCAAGAAAUUCUAUAGUGCCAUAAAAAAGAGCAUAUGGCCCACAGAGAACUGCAACUUGCCCGUUAGAAGUGCAGACGGGUCCAAACUCAUCACUGAUAAAAAAGAAAUACUGGACCGCUGGGCCGAGCACUACCAACACCUUCUAAACAGAAAAUUGGAUAACAUGCCCACACGCCAAGAAGUGCAUAUGGCAAUAAUCAGCCUAAAAAACAACAAGGCUGCUGGUCCUGAUGGCAUACCUGCUGAAAUCCUGAAGCAUGGAGGAAAUGCCAUCCUAGACUCUCUGCAUGACAUCUUCCAGAAAGUCUGGGCCUCCAGUUGCUGUCCACAAAAAUGGAAAGAUGCAGACAUCGUGAGCAUCUUCAAAAAGAAAGGAGACAGGGCUGUGUGCGGAAAUAGCAGAGGCAUCUCCCUUCUUGCGACCUCGGGUAAGGUGCUUACCAGGAUACUCCUCUCCAGGCUUCUUGCCCAUAUCACUGAGGGAGUCCUGCCGGAAUCGCAGAGUGGCUUCAGAAAAGAACGAAGCACUGUAGACAUGGUGUUUAUUGCUAGGCAACUCCAGGAAAAGGCCAUUGAACAACAGCAAGAUCUCUACAUGGUCUUCGUUGACCUAGCCAAAGCAUUCGACACUGUCAACAGAACUCUGCUCUGGGAAAUACUAAGAAAAUUUGGCUGCCCCCCCACUUUCCUGGCAGUACUUAAAUCAUUCCAUGAUGGUUCAAAGGCUAGAGUGACAAGUGGUGGCUCUAAGUCAGAUCCUUUCUUUGUGGGUACUGGCGUAAAACAGGGAUGUGUCAUUGCGCCCAUCAUAUUCAAUCUUUUUGUGGCAGCAGUCAUGACAAUUGCCAAGCAGAACAUAAAUCCUGCAGACGGUGUUCAAAUAUCUUACCGGCUAGAUGGCAACCUGUUUAACCUACGGCGAUUACAAGCCAAAACACUUGUCACUGUGGAAGCAAUUCACGAACUGCAGUAUGCAGAUGACACAGCCUUCGUCAGCUCUUCCCCGGAUGGGCUCCAACGUACAAUUAAUGCUGUAGCUGAAGCAUACUCGCGCUCAGGUUUAGCCAUCAACACUGGUAAAACUGAAGUCCUCAAUAUGUGUCAACCUCCUAUCCCUGCACUCCUUAUCAACCAACAACCUCUAAAAAAUGUAGAAGAGUUCACCUACUUGGGAUCUGUAUUAAGUAACACAAAUGAUCUCUCAAGUGAAGUGCAACGGCGCAUUGGUCUGGCUUCGGCAUCUUUUGCUGUAUGCCUAUCCAUACUCCUGUACGGAAGUGAGUCAUGGGUGUUGUAUAGACGUCACCUAAACAAACUAGAGGCAUUCCAUACCUCCAGCCUUCAACGUAUACUGGUGUCAAGUGGUGGCACAAAGUCCCACAUACUGAAAUUCGCAACAGGGCAUGCAUUGAUCCAAUUGAGACCAUCCUAUCGCAACGCCAACUGCGAUGGCUGGGUCACACCAUCCGAAUGCCUGCAAACAGACUCCCCCGCAAAAUCCUCUAUAGUGAACUUGCUGAAGGAAGCCGAAGGGCCGGAGGACCAAAAAAAACGAUUCAAAGAUCAUAUGAAAACAACUCUCAAAAAAUGUGCCUUCAAUCCUUCAAAUUUGGAAGUCCUGGCCUCCAACAGAAAAGGUUGGCAAACCAUGUGCCGUACAGGAAGUGAGCGGCUCACCACCGACUUCAAUAGGGCUGCAGAACAGCGACGCCUUCGUCGCCAUGCUCCGCAAAAUGCAGGAGACGUAUCAGAGACCAUCUACGGAGGCAUCAGAGAUUGGAGCAAUCUCGAUUCACUCCUGUUAAUCUUCUCUGACACAUAUCAAAUGCCUUCUCGCAAUCAAAUUGCAUCAUAUCUUAGUUCAGAACCUCUAUCAAUAUUUACCAAAAAUCUGCAGUUUUACAGAUGUCAAAUAGAAGCACCACAUAAUUCUAAAAUAGGAUCACAUACACACUGUGUCUUUAAAAUGCCAGUUUCCCCUGAUACACCAGGAAACUCAGAAAUAAAGAAAUUAACUUUUCUUUUAAAUCUUGACGCAGCGACCAUGAACCAGCAUCAAACAGUGAACCAAAAAUCCUUCGGCCGCGCAGUGGAUCCUCGCCUCAACCUGGCUCCGCGGCUCCCGUACCCGUGGCUCCCCUUGAGCCUCCCAGCCUUCAUGGCGUCUCAACUCUUUACGAAGGCGGUGCCUUAUUUCUUUCGCUACUACCGAAGAUGUCCCUCAGUUACAGAACACAAGGUCCAGCUUUUUAAUUUCCGUAAAUAUAUGUCCGACAAUCAUCAUCUACUGUACCGCACAAUGGAAGGAGCUACUCGUUAUAGGAGCAGAGCCAACACCAAUAAAGGAUGUGAUAUAGUAAAGAAAAGAACUGAAACAUUUGAAUAUUUCUAUUUCCGCGCGAGGACCUUCCCUUCACCAGCUGAUCAGACACAAGGCCAGAUCCUAUUAGCGUGA